AUGGCAACACUGGACUCUCUCACAUCCACCUAUAAGGCUAUAGAAAAGACUCUUCAUGGCUUUAUCAAAGGCUACGAGAACGCCAAGAUACACAAUGACCCAUCCCUCGUCAAUUCGCAUUUAGCCCCCGAUUGCCAGCGCCGUCCUCUACCCUCGUCGUUCCUCAAGUCACUGGGCGCGCCCCCCGGCAUUACUAUAAGCAAUGACAUGUACCAGCAAAACUUUGCUACUAUUCUGCCUUUCCAUGGCAUUCACAAGUCUGACAUAUCUAAUGUCACCAUUGACGUUUGGGCGAAAAAGGCCGCCGCAACAUCAGUCUAUCGUGGCAAAUACAGUGAUGGUGAGGCUUAUUCGUUGGAUAUGGCGUGGUACCUGACCUUCAACGACGAUGGAACUCAAGUUACAGACAUUGUUAUGUUCAUGGACGCCAUUGAGCAGCCAAAGUUCAAAGCCAAGUGCGACAAGCUCGCGGAAGAGCUAAAGGCUAAGGAUGAAGAGUAA